UCUCAAGCCUCCGAUUUGCCGGCUUGAACAGUCAAAACUCACCACAAGCAGAAUGUGAGCCGCUGAAAAAUCUUGGCUUUCGGCUUCAAUAUCUGGAGGAGCAAGGACAGCCGGACAUUUCCGUUAUCGAUUCACAAGUGCACCUUUGGUCGAUGCGGCCCGAAUUGAUCCAGCUCCUCAUUGAUGCACACGCCUCGUUCAACCUCUUACCGCGAACCCUUUUCCUCGCUGUCAAUAUUCUUGACCGAUACUGCUCAAAACAGACCGUUUACGAACAAUAUUACAAGCUAGCGGGCCUCUCGGCGCUUCUUAUUUCAUCGAAGCUUGUCGAUCCUCCGGACCAUACGCCCCAUAUGCAAGACCUUCUUAAAUUUUGCCAAUGUGACUACGAUCGUUCCAUACUCAUCAAGAUGGAGAGGCACAUCCUCAAAAUUCUUGACUGGUCCAUGAGGAAUGCUACUGUUUACGACUUCGUGCAGCUCAUGACCGCGAUGGAGGGUCAUGACGAAGUAGUCCAGCACAUGGCAACGUACCUCGGGGUGCUCUCCCUGUCGUAUCGUACUUUCGUGGAGACUAAGCCAUCGGUUAUGGCGCGAUCAUGCCUUACCGUCGCUGGCUUUGUGCUUAACGGAGCCGGUGAGCACCUUGUGCUUUGCGACCCUUUGGACUGUUGGAUCUUUUCCAUAUUUUGUAACACUUCAAAACCCGCAAAUGAAGCCGUAUUUCAGAAGUAUACUGUUGCUAGGUUCUCGGACGUAUCUCAGAAGCUGGAAGCCCCUAGAGAUCAACAAUGUCCGCUGCUACAGAGUCAAAAGCAAUUGGAAGAGAACUGAGAGUUCCCAAGAAGCGGAACGUAUUCCGUGAAGUGUAGGACACGCCGAUAUCGAUUCGGGAAUACCGAACGAGAUUCCUUAGCUCGCAAGGCUUCUCGUUAGCUUGUGCGAUCUGCACUGGUGGUUAAAUGAUUAUGCCAGAGACCUUCAUCGUGAAAAGGCAGGCUCCUGUGUUCAGCUUCAUAGUACCAUGGCCUGAAGGUUGCUCUAAGGACCAAAGUCAUGGGACAGAAAGUAUUUUAUACACGAAUAAACAUGACGUAGAUCAAUAAAGACGUUCCGGACAACGCUUUUACCUUCCUUUUUUAAAUGAGGUACAAGAAAUAGAUUAACAAGACCGGAAUAUAUAAUCAUCCAUGAUGGGGAAGCUCAUGUUGUUCUGUAUCGGUCGGCGAACUGGAUAUCACCUGACACGGUCGCAAGAUAACUACAGUUGUAGACUAUAGUCGUUGCUAUCGUACAAUUGCUUUGCUGG